AUGCGCGCUCGAGAAUUGGGAAUCACUUUUCACAGGUUUCCCAAGUCUUCAAAAGAACGAGAGAAGUGGACAAUAGCAAUGAAGCGAAUUGAUCUAAAGAAGAAAGAUGUUUACUGGCAGCCCCACAAAUAUGAUGUGCUCUGUUCAAAGCACUUUCUCAAGACAUGUUUUGACCUCACAGGGAAGAGGGUUCGGUUACGUGAAGGAGCUGUGCCGAGUUUGUUUGAUUUCUCCUUCCAAAAUUCAAAGAAAAAGCAAUCAAAACGUUCUACCCCUGUCUUAAAAUCAGUUACUAAAGAAUCUUCUUACAUUGCAAAGAAAAAGGUUGACCUUAGCCCCGUGCAAAACAGUACAUCUAAUUUAACAACAGUGGAAAAGCAGCAUCCUGUUGACUUAUCCCUACCUGCAAAUUUGGAUCAUUCCUAUUUCUUUAUGGAGACGUUGAACUUAAAGCAUAAACAGUCUGAUACUGAAAAAAAGCAUUCAGGUUUAAAAAUGGACAAAUGCACCAAAAGGAAUUCACUGCGUCGUAGGAGAAGACAAACACAGAAUUCCCAAAAGGUUGAGUCCAAGGAUGAUAAUGGUAAAUGCAGUUUGAAAUCAUUUUUGGAGAAAGCACAAGAAUCUGGAAUAUUGAAGAAAUGUUCUCAAGAAUUACUGGAGACUUUUUCAACUAUGCCUUUGAAUUUUAAAGCUAGUCAAGGCUUGUACACAUCUGAGCAACUUGAAAUAGCACUAACCCUUUAUCUUUUUGUCCCACGGGCUUAUGCACACCUGCAAGAAAUGCAAAUUACUCUACCAUGCCCAAAGACUUUACAAAGUUGGUUAUGCCAUACAGAUGGUUCUCCUGGCUUCCUGGAACAAAUAUUCUCUCUUCUACAUGAAAAGCGGUUUGUCAUUUUUCCUUCAUUAUUUACUCGUGUUCUUUCUUUUUCUUUACUUUCUUUCGUUCUUAACUCCUCUUUUAACUCAUUAAAUUUCUUUCUCUCUUUCUUUUUCCCACUUUCUUUUUCUUUCUUUGUCUUUUUCUACUUCUUUCUUUCUUUCUUUCUUUCUUUCUAUAUCUUUUUCUAUUUCUUUCUUUAUUCUCUUUCUUUCUUUUGUCUUUUUUCUUUCUUUGUUGUUUUAUAUUCCUUUCUUUACUAUUUUCUUUCUUUCUUUGUCUUUUUCUAUUUCUUUACUCUUCUUUGUCUUUUCAUAUUUCUUUCUUUCUUUCUUUCCCCUUAA